AUGCAAUUAUUAUUAUGUUUCUUUGUAGAGGACCAUGAUAGCCAGCUUGUCUAUUCCACAGAUGAUGUCACCAACUUGGUGGAUAUUUUUCGUCAGAAAAUAGCAACUCUGAAGCAGAAGAAGAUUUGGUCAGAGUUACCCCCCUUAUCUCCGUGUACAGGCAAGGAAAAGAAAACAUUGGACUUGUGCAAUGAUACAGCUGCCUGCAAACACCCACUUCCGGCGGCUGACAGCCAAGAAAACAUCCGCAAUAUUCUUACACCCGUGACCAAACUCAAAGAGGGGGCACUGGAGAGGAUAAAGGGAGUUUUCAACAUACAGGAGAGGAGGAAAUAUGCCUUUGUGACGGCAGCGUCAGCGGAUCACUUUGAUGAAUCCCAGGAGAUGAUCAUGACUCUGGAUAAAUACAUCUUCCCUUAUCUGAGCAACUACUCGUUCUAUUAUUACGACAUGGGUCUGAACAAAAGUCAGGUGAAACUGCUACAGAAGUAUGGAAGAGCUGAAAUACAACGCUACCCUUUUAAUUUACUUCCUGAUCGGUUUUCGUACUUGAGGUGUUACACGUGGAAGCCCGUUGUGAUACAGGCUCAUUUUGACUAUGCUGAGUACACAAUUUGGUUGGACGCAUCUGGGCGGUUCGACAAGGGAAACCUACGAGAAAUGUUCGACUUGCUGAAAGAAACAGGCGUGCUGUUGUCUCCAUGGCCGAAAUAUCCUUUUGCCCAACAUUGUUCAAAGUAUAUGUUUUCCUACUUCAACACUGAACCAUGUCACUUUUCAGUUUAUCACGAAUCUGAAGCCAAUGUUAUUAUGUUACAUAACCAGCCAUUCACACGACGACUUGUAAUGGAUCCAUGGGUGUCAUGCGCAGUGGACCCGAACUGUAUGUGUCAUCCAGGUGCAACAAAACUGUAUUUUUGUUCAUUCGGCAAAAGGAGGUAUGGGAAAUGUCACCGGUAUGACCAGUCUGCCCUCAAUUUGAUUCUUUUACAGAUGUUCAGACGGAAUAUACAUUCUAUACAGUAUGUGAAAAAGAAAUAUGCACAUGUCUCGAGGAAAAUAGGACAAUUGUACCUCAAUAAUUUGUUCAAAGAAUAACUGUAUCGUGUGUAUGUACAGGUAAGUGUGAAAUGUUCCAGUACAUGCAUAGGCUUUGUCUUGCUUGGAACAUCUGUUGGUUUAAGUGAUACAGUACUGCAGAUAGAGACAGUAGCAUCUCCUGACACCACUGACAGUUUAAACGAGACAUUCACGAUAUAUUCUUGCUUUUUGUCACUCAACAUAUAUGUAUGCCCUGUUGUGUCAAAGAUCCCAUUUGGUUUUUUGUCCCGGUUAUGUCGUUAAGCAUCCUCGGUGUCCACAUAGUGUCACUAAAUCUGAUCAAAUGUGUACAUAUGUGCUGCUGAACCUGACCAUGUCUGUCAUUAAACCUGCUCGUUUGUUCCGGUGAAGUCGUUAAGACUCAUCGAUGUCUACGUAGUGUCAUUAAACCUGCUCGUUUGUCCCGGUGAAGUCGUUAAGACUCAUCGAUGUCUACGUAGUGUCAUUAAACCUGCUUGUUUGUCCCGGUGAAGUCGUUAAGACUCAUCGAUGUCUACGUAGUGUCAUUAAACCUUCUUGUUUGUCCCGGUGAAGUCAUUAAGACUCAUUGAUGUCUACGUAGUGUCAUUAAACCUUCUCGUUUGUCCCGGUGAAGUCGUUAAGACUCAUCGAUGUCUACGUUGAGUCAUUAAAC